AUGUACACCUCUAUGAAACCACUUCUCGCCCAGAAGGGCCAAGUAGUCCGCCUGCUCGAAAGCCAUGACCGAUUCUCUACUGAGUUGAUUCGCGAUACUGUAAGCGAAACCGGCCAAGCCUUCCAAGGCGUCUGGAUCAGUGGCCUCACUCAAACCACCCACCUGGGUAUCCCGGACACGGAGAUCAUCUCGCCGCUCCGCCGUGCGAUCCUGGAAGCUGCAAAUAUCAAGAUACAUACCGAAGGCCGUUCUCUCUGUGCCGCCUUUGAUGCCGAUAGCGGCGGUGAUAUUGCAGAUAUCCCGGCGCUGGUUGCGGUCCUGACCACCAUCGGCGUCUCGAUGGUGAUCAUCGAAGACAAAACAUUGGAAGAACCGGGGAAAAAGGUCAAUUCGCUUCUCAAGGCAACGGGGUCUCAAGACCAGGCGGACCCGCAUGAAUUCGCCAAAGUGAUUCAGGCAUUCAAAUCCGCCACCCGCGGCCAGGAUUUGCUAGUCACGGCCCGAAUUGAAUCCUUUAACGUCCGCAUCGCGAAGGCUGACGCCACAGAAGAGGAAGCCUCCGUGCAAUUGGCACUUCAGGAUGCACUAGCACGUGCGGCCAUAUAUACUGGAGCGGGGGCGGAUGCAAUCAUGAUCCACAGCAAAAGUCCUAGCCCCUUUGAGGUUCUGGAGUUCUUGAAACAGUUCCGUAAACGCGAUCCGAUCACUCCGAUGGUCGUGGUGCCGACCACCUAUUCUAGCACAUCGCGCGCUACUUUGGUUGAUGCUGGAGCCAAUGUCAUCAUAUAUGCCAACCAUUUGAUGCGAGCGAAGAUUCGAGCCGUCCAGAACGUUUCGGACCAUUUAUUGGCAAGUAUUCCGGGGCUCUUUGCUCAUGAUGAAAAUGCAAAAGCCUCUCUGGAAGCCCAGAACUACGGGUAUCUCCUGAAAACCUUGCUCGAGAGGGACUAUUGGGUCAAGGACACCGAUCAAGAGGUGAAACAGUACCUAAUUAUUGCCCUAAAGCGUGCCAUUGAGAAUAUGGGGGCUGCUGUGAGAGAACUGGCUUUCGGCGAAAAGUCUGGUUGUGAGGCAGAUGGGCGAAUCAUUCCUGUGAAAAUGCUGUUACAGAUUAAUGCCAUUCAGCUAGCUACAAUCUAA